CUCUUAUCGUACACCCUCCGAGUCCCCCCCUCCGGCGCAUUCGCGAUUCCUCAGCUUGACUGCUUAGCCCAGAGCUGCUCGUGUGCCCUGGUACAUCUACAGGAACUAUGGCUCCCCUCAUCCUAUGCGACAACUGUCAGACAUCUCUACCACCCAACGACUUCUUCCACGCCCUAGAGACUCUCGAAGAUCCCUCAGAACUACCACAUUACCUCAAAGACAAAUCCAGUGUAGAUCAGCACCUCACCGACGUCCAGCGCGUCUACCACCAAUAUAAUGAAGAGCGCCGAAAGGCCGUCCUUCUCCUUCACAAACUCGACGAAGAGAUCGACUCCAUGAAGCAGUACAUGUCCCGCAUACGCAACAUACACGCCCCCUACCGACGUCUCGUCCCCGACGUGUUGUUCCGCAUCUUCACCUUCGUUGUUGCCGAUCGCGAGUACGCGCUCCGUGAUCGGUCCUCAACGCCGGUCGUGCUAGGACAGGUGUGCAGCCUGUGGCGCUCCGUUGUGCGCAGCAGUCCGCGGCUCUGGGCAUCUCUCGACAUCCGGCGACCCGUUACGGCGGCCGACGACUUCCCCUUCCGCGAGCGUAUCAAACGCGCAAUUCAGCACCAUCGAUUGCAGUCCACGCCUUACCCAUUGAAGCUCAGGAUAGGCCCACAUACCAGCUACGAGCUGCUCCUCGCCCCGCUCCUGACAGACAGCGACCGCUGGCAGGAUUGCAAAAUCGAGCAUGAGGAAACGCUCGUGCGCAUGAGCGAUCCUGACUGCAAACUGGGCGCACUUGUCAGCCUUUGCAUCCCCAGCGCGUUUCGCCAAGUACUGCCACCACUGCGCUUCAAGCAUGCCCAUGCCCUCCGGGAGUACAAGGGGCCUUUUACUGGUGUAUCUCUGCCAUGGGCACAGCUCACCACGGUGAACUUGGUCGCCAAAUAUUACGGCCUGCAUGAUUUCUUGGACUGUCUGAAGCGAUGCGAGAGCGCCACCUCCUUCACUGCCGAGCGCCUCCGCGUGCUCGCAAAUGACGUCGACCUUCCCGCGCUCCAUCUUCCCAACCUCCGCCACCUCGCCCUCCUCACUCUCGACAAGGUCAAGCCCCUCGCGGAGCUCGUCUUCCCCCAGCUCACCGCGCCCAACCUCACCUCCCUCGAGGUUGGGUUUUACAAUGUAAGCGGGUCACCCAGUACGAGCGGGCAAUGGGCGUGGAAGUCCAAGACGAGCACGGCAGCGCUGACCGACUUGCUCAAACGCUCGGGCGCGUCACUCACCUCUCUCACCCUCUCCUUCGUCGACAUCAAGACCACGGAUGUGAAGGCGUUACUCACCAGCUUGCCUGCCCUCGAGCGCCUUCGCGUCGCCGACGGCGGCGGGGAGAAGUCCACCACGAAUUUCGUCGUCAAGGCGCUCACCCCGCCAGUGUCGAAGUCCGCGAAGGGCGGUACCUGCGCACCGCUGCUGCGCGAGCUUGGGCUGCAGACGCGGUACGAUGUCGAUGAGGAGAAGCUGGUGAAGAUGCUGCAGGUGCGGUCCGUAUAUGGUGGAGGGUCGUUGCGGACUUUGAUUUUUGGCUUGUAUCUGGACGAUGACCAGGCGGAUUGGGCGAGGGACAAUCUGUCUGACUUAGUGCCGACUGUGUUUUUGAAGGUAUUCAAUGAUGCGGAUGUCUUGGCGGAUGUCUUGAUGUAUAGUAUGUAGUGGCAUACGCAGUCGCGACUUUGGAAGGCA